GAUGUCUUGUAUACUGUGUGCAACCCUGUUGGAAAAGUUCAGCGCAUUGUUAUAUUCAAGAGAAAUGGAAUACAAGCUAUGGUUGAGUUUGAAUCAGUGUUUUGUGCCCAGAAGGCGAAGGCUGCACUCAAUGGAGCAGAUAUCUAUGCAGGAUGCUGCACACUAAAAAUUGAAUAUGCAAGGCCGACUAGACUUAAUGUCAUUAGAAACGACAACGAUAGUUGGGACUACACUAAGCCAUAUCUGGGCCGACGAGACAGAGGGAAGGGCCGCCAGAGGCAAGCUAUUUUGGGAGAGCACCCAUCAUCAUUUAGACAUGACGGUUAUGGGUCACAUGGUCCUUUGUUGCCCUUGCCAAGCCGGUACCGAAUGGGAUCUCGGGACACUCCAGAACUUGUUGCUUAUCCGUUGCCCCAGGCAUCCUCCUCUUACAUGCACGGUGGAAAUCCUUCUGGGUCAGUUGUCAUGGUUAGUGGGUUGCAUCAGCUAAAGAUGAACUGUUCAAGGGUCUUCAACCUGUUCUGCUUGUAUGGAAACAUUGAGAAGGUGAAAUUUAUGAAAACUAUUCCAGGCACAGCACUGGUUGAAAUGGGUGAUGAGUAUGCAGUGGAAAGGGCUGUCACGCAUCUCAACAAUGUCAAGUUAUUUGGAAAGAGACUUAAUGUCUGUGUUUCCAAGCAACAUUCAGUAGUUCCAAGUCAGAUAUUUGAACUGGAGGAUGGCACAAGUAGUUACAAGGAUUUUGCAAUGAGUAAGAAUAAUCGCUUCACCAGUGCUGGCCAAGCAUCUAAGAACAUCAUCCAACCACCUUCUUGUGUGCUGCAUUAUUAUAAUGUUCCCCUGUGUGUAACUGAAGAAACAUUUGUAAAGUUAUGUGAGGAUCAUGAAGUUCUCAGCUUUAUUAAAUACAAAGUGUUUGAUCCAAAACCUUCUGCCAAAACACUGUCUGGUCUGUUGGAAUGGGAAUGUAAGACAGAUGCAGUGGAAGCUCUCACUGUACUUAAUCACUACCAGAUAAGAGUCCCAAACGGCUCCAACCCUUACACCUUGAAGCUUUGCUUCUCCACUUCAUCCCAUUUAUAGAGAAGAGGACAGCAUGUUAAGAGCUACGUUCACCUUGAUUUGCAAGUUUAAAACUUCACUUCAUUCACAGAGCUCUAAAGUGGUUGUUCUAAUGUUGCCUUGUUUAAACUUAAUUCUAAUAUCUUUUAUCUUGUUUUAUAAUAAAUGGAUGUUCCUUCAUAAAUACAAAACAGAUUUUUUCUUUUUGCCUCUGAGAAGUACAUGUUGUAAGCUUACUACAAAGUUUGUAUUUCAUUAGUGUAGUAUCUUCAAAUGUCAAAAGAAGUACCAGUAGUAUAAACAAGAUUGU